GGGGCCGCGAGCUCGGUGGAGAACCGAGAGCUCCGUCUGCUCUGCCGACGCAGCUGGCAGUGGGGCUGUCUCCGGAAGGCGGACCGGCGAACGCCCAGUGCCCGCACUCGGCCGCCCGCACCCAUCCCUGCCUGUCGCGCCUGUCUGCGCCCGUGACAUCCUUACUCGGGACGCAGUGGCCCUUUUUAAGUCACAAGGGCGUGGGUCAGCCUCCCCUAGGACUUCAUGUCUGUAUAUUUCCCCAUUCACUGCCCUGACUAUCUGAGAUCAGCCGAGAUGACUGAGGUGAUGAUGAACACCCCACCUAUGGAGGAGAUCGGCCUCAACCCACGGAAAGAUGGCCUUUCCUAUCAGAUCUUCCCUGACCCGUCAGACUUUGACCGCUGCUGCAAGCUCAAGGACCGUCUGCCGUCUAUCGUGGUGGAGCCCACAGAGGGGGAGGUGGAGAGCGGGGAGCUCCGGUGGCCCCCCGAGGAGUUCCUGGUCCAGGAGGAUGAGCAGGACAACUGUGAAGAAACAGCGAAAGAAAACAAGGAGCAGUAGAGUCCCGCGGACUCCCCGGGGCCAAGCAGCCGCGCUGUACCUGAACUGUGUUCUUUCCCAGUGUGAUGGAAGAGCGUGAGCCACCAUAGUUGUGCAAAAUGUCAGCGAUGGCUUCCGCUCUGCACCUGCAAAAUCACUGAGUUGGUGUUCUUUUCUUUUCUUUCCUUUUUUGAAACGUGUCCGGCGGCGGAGCCCUCUGCGACACUUUGCAAGGCCUUCUGAGAGAGGAAGCUGCGGAGAGCAGGGUGGGGGUGCGGGGAGGUGCGUCUUCGUGAGAUCGUUAUCAGGCGGGCUCGCAGCGGCGGGAUUCCAGUGGGCUCUGGGGGGUGGGGAUGUGCAAAGCCAGCAAGGAGCACUUGGGGUGAAAAAAAAAAAAAAAAAACAAGCUGAAAGAGCCAGACCUUUGAGCAGAGAAAGGCAGCCAGGAAGUCCUCUGUGAGCAUCUGCCCCGGCUUUCGGCUUCGGAGCAUCAGACAGCAAAGCCUUUCCGUCUCCCCAGCGCUGCCCACCGCCAGCUUUUGCUUUUGUUUCAGGGGCGUUGGUCUUUAUGGGGCGGCAGGUGAAGGACUCCGGUAGACACUGGCUUCCUGCCAAGCCAGCCUGAGGUGAUGGUGGGGGGACAGGUCUCCCCUUUCCUUCUCCAGGGACGCUCUGUUCCCGGCUGGGGCAGUUCCACACAUCCCUGGAGAUCUGAAGCCUUUUUAAUUUUUUUAAGAGGGAGCAUGUUUGCGCUUCUCUCUCCUGACUUGUCCUUUCUGACGCUAGCCCUUUGGGGGGGCACAAGACAUCCCUGGCCCUUGGAACGAAGCGCCCUCCUCACCUGCUUCCCCCCGACUUGCUCUCUGAGUCUGAGGGGAGGCCCAGAGUGGGACCAGGGCGGCCCUCCUCCAUGCCCACCCUCCCCAGCCCGGCCGCAGAGGCAGGCCAGGGAGCGUCCUGGCCUGCUGUGGACUCAGCCAGCCCAGCCGAGCAGUCGCACCCACUGCUUCUGUGGUUCUUGGCCAGUUUUCCGGGGGGCUCUGGGUGGAGGCCCUGAAGCCUUUUCUGUGUCUCUUGGGGAAGUGAGCUUCCGUGCAGAUCCCGGAGCUGCGGAGGCCUGGGAGUUACUAGAUGGGGGUGACUUCGAGGCUUUCAACCUCCAGACCAAGUUUGAAGCCAAAAGAUGCCAGGUGAUCCCCGACUUCAACCUGUGUUGUUUUGGAUAAUGCGGUGAGGGAGUCCUAAAUCACGGUCCUCAUCCCACCCCACCUUCCACCUGCCCCCCAAAAGGGCCCAGUUGCUUGAGACGUUCACCUUGGACUUAGAGUUUCUCAUCGUGGUUCAGAGCCAUCAGGAACAGGCGCUUGCUGGCCAAACGCUUCCCAUAUCUCUACAUCAGAGUGGCCGAGCAGCAGAGAGGCGGGCUCUGCUCAGCCCCCCAGGGCCCCUCCUUGGGCCCGCGCACCGCAGUCAGUCCAGAUUGGCCCCGGCUUGGGAUUUGCAUGUAGAGUUGUGUUUAAUACCUCAAGGUUAGUGUGGCUCCAGAGUGGUGGGGGGAGGACGAGGGCAUGCUGCAGACACAUCGGCAGACUGGGCUCUGGGAAGCCAACGCUCCCCCCUCUCCCCCAAUACCCCCCAACCCUGACCCCAGCCCCCCGCCCCUGUGUUGUCUGCUGUGUGACACACACUGAUGGCAAUAACUUCUCCCUGCUCCCCGCGGGAGCGGGAGAGGACUGUGGCCUGCACGCGAGGGUGUCUCUCGCCCCCUGUCCCGUCUGGGCUGCAGAGAGCCUUCCCUGCCGACCGUCUUUCCGGCAGCAGCAUUUCUCACGGCGCCUCCCCCGUGGAUGGGGUUCUGCCUUUGAGAGUCCGUGUUUCCGUGUGCCCCACUCAUGUGCUCCCUCGGUCACCUGUCCUGGUCUUGCCCUUUGCUGGGAACGUGCUUGUAAACUGCAUAACAAAUCUACUUUGUGUAUAUGUGUGUUUAUGGGGGUGGUUUAUUAUUUUUGCUGGUCGCUAGACGCCUUCACAGGACCAUUGGGGUCUGAGCAGGCCAGGGGCUGACAGCUAAGCCAGGACCCUCGUGGGUGAGCCUGUUGGGGGGACCCAGCUGCUCUUGAACAAGUGGCUGAGCUCCUGUCUGGCCUCUUUUUUUUUUUUUAAGUAACUCGUGUGUAUUUCUAACUGAUCGUAUUGAAUAAAAAGAAAAAAAACAACCCUAGUACUUCAGUAAAAAUGCCUGUUGUAAGAUGAACCUCUUGUAACUUCUAUCUGUUCUUUUUUGAGGCUCAGGGAGAAACUAGCAUUUUUUUUUUCCGAACUACUUUUUGUCACUGUGACAGUUGUAAAUAAAGUUUGAAAAUGCUUU